CAAUGAGCAUGCUUUUAGUUGGGAGGUGUAUGGCAGCCAUCGAAGUACAUUGAGGCUAGAGCUUGGAAAAAGUGGAAUCAAUACCUGAUAGAUGGCAUCAUCUGUGCAUCUGCUUGCCCCGUCUGGAAAAUGAAUUGGAUCCAUGUCUUUAGGAAGAUAGCAGCUGACGUGGUCCACCUUAAUCUGACGUUUGAAGCAUUUCAAAACUACUGAGACUGUACAGUAGAACAUGGACAGCACAGCACCUGAUAUUUCAGAAGAGCAAGGAGCAUCUCUAUAUAUGUGUUUCCGCUGUUAUCAGCUGUAUGGUACUUUGGAAGAAGUAUUGGCACAUCAGCUGGCCUCACACCCAGAGGACAAUGAGGACGAAGACACUUCACUUAAUGCUACAAACCAGUCUAUUGUUCAAGAAGGAAUCUUUCAAGAGGAGAAUAUCCAGAACUGGUAUCAUUGUGUCCAUUGUGGGUAUUUGCUUGGUUCACCCCAGGACCUUGUAUGGCAUCAGCAGCAAAUGGGCUGCGGCCAGCAAAUUACAUCACAGAUACAUGUUGUAAAUGAGCUUCAAGACCAAGAUGGUCACAGAGAAACUCCUGUCCAGGAAUCAGUUAAACAUGAAGCCAUCUUGGAGGAGGUACCGCUAAUUCGCUACCAGUGCAGUGACUGUUUGGUACUGUUUGAGACUCCAGUUCAGUGGCAAAAACACAGAAAGCAAGGUGAAUGUAGGAACAUUGACAACAGUUCUGUGCUAAAGCAAGGAGCUGAAAAUUUCCUGGUAAAAGAACAUUCGAAGAAUACAUUGUCUGAAGAAUCAUGCAAGUCUGAAGCAGAGAACCAACCGAGUCAAAAAUCAUUUGAGCAAGAGAGCUGCUCUGAGGAGACAGGGGCUGUGGUUUUGCAAGAUUUAAUUUCCCCCAUUCAAAUGGUAGAGAAGAAAAUGACAACAACUCGUCUUCUUGCAAAUAAUCCUACAACACAGACCAACUGUGAUACUUCAGUAAAAACAAUUGACAGUGUUGUGAUGAUGGAAGAGAAUAGAAGAGAAUGCCCAGAUUCUACUGCUACUGAAGCAAGUACUAAGAAGAUCAGCAAUGAAAUGCAUUCCAGUGAAUGUGUUGGUGUGUCUCUGCAGCAUGAACAAGACAAAAUGGCUGACACAGACACUGAAAUGUCUUUAACAUAUGUCGCUGACGUAGCCUCACAACCACAGUUUACACAGCCCCAGAAAGAGAAGAUAAUUAAAGAAAUGCCCACAAUGGCAAGUGAUGACAUCCUCAAGACUCCUGUUGCUGGGGGAGAGGAUCCUGGAACUAACAACUCUGUUUUUUGUAGUCUGUCUGAGGAUCAAUGUCACACCCAAACUGAUUCUGAGAAACCCCAAAACAGUGUUGCUUCAGAAAGUGAUCUACAUGAGCAACAUGAUCCUGGUGACAGUAGUGCUGUGGGUCAAGCAAAUCUAAGUGUAUUAAAUGAUGAAGGUACUCAUAAUGCUAACCUUGUCACACAAGGCCAGGAUAGGCUGGUUCCUAUGUCAUCAGGGACUAAUCUGAGCUUUACCAGUUCUGAUCCUGCUUCCUCAACAGAAUGGAAAUCUCGUCAGCUUCACCUGUGUGUGGAUUGUGGUUUAGGUUUUGGCACAGAGCUGGCUCUUGCAGAACAUCGUAAAAAGUCUCAUCACACAGAAGCUCCUCUACAUAUCUGCUCACAGUGUGGUGAGACAUUUAUGAACACCACAAAGUUUUUGUAUCAUAGGCGCACCCACAGGCCUUCAGGAACUGGAACCAUCACUCCAGCAUCUGUGGCCAGCCUACCAAAGGAGGAUGGGACAAAAAAUUCAAAUAAGGAAUCCUCUGGGAACAUUUUGGAAGGAUGUGUGUCUCGUAUGAAGGGCCAGCAUCUCUCAGAAACAAGCUGUUCAAUGGCUGUGCCAGUCCAAGGUAUAGCUGGGGGUUUGGUGUAUUUAGUCUCCAAUACAUUACCUCAUUCUUCAGUUAAUACACCCACAGCACUUAACAUGCUUAACAGUGAGAAGCGGGCAAUGCUAGGUCAAGAGCUAACUUCAACUAAAAGGCAAAGGAAAAUUGUGUCCAGAGAGCACGAGAAAGUUGAUACAGACGGUAGCAUGGCUAUAGCAUACCCAUGCAGAGACUGUGGACAGCAUUUUGACAAGAAGACAGAGAUGCUGAAGCAUAGGAAGGAGCAACAUGGAGAUUUUGUGAUGACAGACAAAAGUGCUGCAGACUUUGGCUCAGCUGCUGUCCAAUUUAAUGGCCAAGAGCCAGGAAAGGAGUGCCACUUUCCAGCAUUGCAGGUCCCUCGCCAGCAGACACAGCACCACUGCCCCCAGUGUGGGAAAGUGUUCAGACGGCGCUACCAUCUGCGUACGCACAUGGUGACCCAUACUGGAGAGAGGCAGUUCAGCUGUGAGACCUGUGGGAAAAGUUUUACUUGUCAGAGUAACUUGGCCCGUCACCAAAUCACCCACUCUGGGAAAAAGCCCUACUCUUGUGAACAGUGUGGCAAAACGUUUACACAGUCGGGUACACUGAAACAGCAUCGCUUAAUCCACCUCUUAGCAGAAUCCCGAGCCACUGGAACAGCCAACAAAGCCCAGAUUGAAGAAGUUUUCCUGCCUCAUCGCUGCUCAGACUGUGGGUCAGGGUUUAAACGCAAGACUCACUUGCUCAUCCACAGACAUAUCCACACAGGGCAAUAUCCCUUUCAAUGUGAAGAGUGUGGGGAUUCAUUCCUCAGAAAGAGAUUGCUGGAACUACAUCAAUUGCAGCAUCAAGGUAAAGAGCCUGUUACCUGUUUGGUUUGUGGCGCUCAGUUUUUGGAUGAUGCUGGUCUAAAAUCACACAAGAAAUGCCGCCCAGGUCAGGAGUGUGUAUACUGUGGUAAACACUGUCUGACACAGGAGAAACUGGAGUUGCAUCAGCUCACCCAUUCAGGUUUGCCUUCUCAUCGUUGUCCCAAGUGUGGCCGUCGUUUUGCCAGCCAGCAGAGCCUAGACAGCCACAUUGUAAGACACACGGGAGGACUGCGUUGCUUCCAUUGUGAGGACUGUGGCAAGGAUUUCACUACAGCAAGCUCCUUAGCGGUGCACCAGAGGAUUCAUACUGGUGAAAAGCCCUAUCAGUGUGUCUCUUGUGGCAAGCGCUUCAGACAGAUUCCCCACCUGAGGGACCAUGAACGUCUGCACAGUGGUCUGCGACCUUUUGCAUGUCAGGUGUGCGAAAAGACCUUUGUGCUUUCAGCACGACUUAAUGAGCACUUGCGCACCCACACUGGUGAGAAGCCAUACUCCUGUGCCGUAUGCAACAAAGCUUUCCGCUCUCUCUCCAACCUUGGAAAACACCGCAAAACUCAUAAAAUCGCUGACUCAUCCAACAAAGACGCAGUAAGUAGUAACACUACUGUCAAUAUCAUGGAACAUACUGUUUCUUAUAAGACAAUUGAGGAGGCUUCUAGCACAGUCAACACCAUUCUGUUGGUACAAGCUGGCAACAGUAUUGUGCCAACUUUGCCACAAAGCAGCACAGCUGCUACCCAGCUGCUUCAUCUCCCAGAUCUUGCAGACUCUGGAGGUACCUCAGAAAACACAGCUGAACUCUUAAAGAGCAGUGCUGCUUCUGUGGCUUUUAUUUCUGGCCAUAUUGAACUGGCGGAACAGCUUCCCAUUAUCCAUGAUUCCAUAGAAGUGGUCAUUGAGGAAACAGUCUAGUAUAAACAUGAAGAAAAACAGCACUGCAACUUCAUCAAAACUGAAUGCUUUUCUGAUGUCUAUGUACUGUACUUGCAGGAGUAUAUUACUUCAAGAAUAUUGAUCAUUGCAUUUUACCAGCAUAAAAUUUUAUCUGUCCAUCCAUUUGGUCAUGCUGCUAAUUUUCAGUACAACAAUAAGGAGAUGAUAAUUAUAAUGGCAUCAUUUUCAUACGAUGCAGAAAUGGACCCUGGAUUAACUAAUGUUGUAUAAUAAAAAUUCAGAUUAAUUUGUUAAAUAAAACUGAAAAUGUA